UGUGGUUUUGUUGAGCAGAAGAUGUUCACAGAAGAAGUCUUGAAGAAUGUUUUUCCAUUGCUUGAAGGAGAAGAUCUAGCAGCUUGUAUGGGUGUCAGCAAACAGUGGAGACACGUAGCAAAGGACGAUUUUUACUGGAAAUGUCAAUGCGCCAAGAAAUGGCCCUCCGUCUGCAAACGAACCAAACCUCCCCUCACGGGAACAUACUACAAGAUGUUUCAAACGUGUAGCAAACGGAGGCUAAACCGCACCCUCCCUCCUCCAAGACUCUCCUUCGAGAACUUGGAGUUCUUCGUCGACAUUUGGUCGGAAGAUAAACCGGUUUACUCCGGUUUAAUACCCGGUCUUGCGAUGGAAACCGGGAUCAAAGCUUUGCCAUCAGGAAUCAGCAACGUUCUUAGGAUUCACUUGGCGAAACCCGAUUACAAAAUGGUUGUUCCCGCUGAGCCAAGAUUCACUAUUCCGUUAAACCAGACGGUGAGUGUCUCUAUGCUUGUGGGAAGGAAUGAUUCGGACAAGGUUGCUAGGAUAAUCAACCGGUCUGUCUUUGAGUAUAUCGACCGUUCGUCGUACCGGGCUCUUGCUUUUGAGUAUCUCGACUUAUCUCCUUAUUACCCUUUUGUCUCUGGGAUACGAGCAUGGGUCUCUUUGCUUUUCAUGGAUGCUGAGAAUAUAAACGAUGGGGUUCUCGACGUUUUCGGGAUUCAGUUGGAUUUCUGUGAUGUUGCUGAGACUAAAGAAGAGGUUUUGUGGCUUCUUGAUAUGCUUGAUUGGAAAUGAAAACAUGCUUUUAAGACUCUUUAAUCACAUUAAAGCUCCUUCAGGUUUUAACUGUUUAGACACAAAUGUUCUUUGGUCCUGUAUUAAUCUUUUUACAACACAUGGUACAUUUUUUAUUUAACACUACAUUUAUUUUUGUUCUUUAUAAAUAAUAGACCGUCGUAUACUCCUUA